GAGCCCAUGAACGAGCCCGUCCCAGAGAAAGAAUGCCCGUCUGCUACGCUCACAUGAGCGUUCGGCUGUUCGGCUUCCCGUUUGCCCCUUUUUUGGUAUAGCUCGGGCUCUCAGCGUAUGUUUGCGCACCCGUUGCACUUCUACACGGCAAGAUGUCCACCUGUAGCGGUUCGUACGGCAACUACUGUUGUGUACCGUGGUGCCAAAACAACGGAAGAACGCAAAAGAAGCCUGGAACCUGCUUCUUUCGCAUCCCACAGGACAGCAGGUCGACGGCAUGGGUGACGUACUCCCGAAGGGCCGAUCUUGUGGAAAAGCCAGUUAGCUUAUUGUACACUUCAUACAGAAUCUGCAGUGACCAUUUCACUGCACAAGAUUUCAUGAAUCCAGGGCGCACACGGCUCAGAAAAACGGCUGUACCUACAGUACCCAGGUACCCAGGUAUGCAAUGUGACUAUUCUGCUGAUGUGCCACCUGUUGGGGCCUUCGCAGAUACAUCACCUCAAUACAUAGUGCCAGAGGACCGUCCAGAAGAGGCUAUAUAUACCAGCUCCUUUAUGUCUGAAGACCCUGCUGUGCGAGGCUAUGGCUAUCCUGUAAGUGAGGAACAAGCUGGUGAGGACGUCCUAGAGGAAACAUCCGAGAACGGCUCCCAUGUUGUCGAAGGGUGCAUGCGGCUCACAAGAAUGGCCGUAUCUACAGUUUACUCAGAUUCUGCUGAUGUGCCGCCUGUCGGGGCCUUCGCAGAUACAUCACCUCAAUACAUAGUGCCAGAGGACCGUCCGGAAGAGUCUACAUACAUCAGCUGCUUUAUGUCUGAAGACCCUGCUGUGCGAGGCUAUGGCCAUCCUGUAAGUGAGGAACAAGCUGGUAAGGAUGUCCUAGAGGAAACAGCUGAGAAAGGCUCCCUCAUGACGGAAAGCCAUGUUGCCGAAGGAAGCCUGCAAGGGAUGUCUGGCUGCAACAGCCCCGUGAGGGAGCUAGGUGCUGCAGGAUGCCAAGUGGACGUGUCUGGCAGUGAUUCUACUGGAGCUGAGCAUUGUGCUGUGCAUGAUGCCGUGUCCAAGAUGUUCGCAAGCACCAGCAGCUGUAUUCGCACAGCUGCAAGCUCAGAAGGAGACUUUCCUGCUGCUUGCAAUGGUGCAGCAAGGAAAUUUCCUUCAAAAAAAUUUAGGAAAACCUACCGAUUCCAGUCCAAGGUGGCAACCUACCGGCGGACCAUCACACGGUUAUGGAAGCAGCAGCACAAGCUACCGCUGUCAACUUCAAAGACACUAAGCCUUAUCCAUUCGCGUGUGACAAAGGAGGUUUUUAAGCUUCUAUGUGCACACAUGCAUCUUCAACAGAAGGACAAAGCGCAGCUCUCGGGCGCCCAUUCCUGCGACGAGUGUCGUCGGCAUAACUCAGCGAACAAGUGCAGCGAAAGUUGAAAGAGCGAACGCUGAGUGGAAUAUGAAAGGUGCAAGCCGCGAACAGCGGAGACCAAUGACAGUGGGCCCCUCAGUGACGUGCACGUGGGGAACGUGUCAUGUGGACCUGCCCAACCGUUGAAGUGAACUUGUAACUGGUCUCAGCCAUACCGCUUGUUUCGUACUAUCUCCUGCUUAUGUCAUCUGUUGUUCGUGCUUGUUUUGUCAUGGUUUGCGAUUGUUUUGUAAUGUGAUUGUAUGUAUGGUGCGAAUUAUGUAGUACUUUCUGGAAGCCACGUGGUACCAGGGGAUCUUGCAGAAUGGACGUUGAGGGGGAGGGGCUGGGGGUGCGGAUUUAAGUUCAAAGAGUGCGUAGACCUCUCGAGUUAUUAGUUAACGAAGGACCAGUGGCGGUUCUGAAACGUCAAAUCUGUUAAGACAAAAAUAUUCAUUAUUUAUGCAGAAAGUGGCACAAAUCUACUUGCCUAAAUUUAUUUUGCUUGAGCAUAAAGUCUAGUCGGUUUUAUUUUUUUCGUUUUUAAACUGAAAUGUGCGAUUCAUUCCUACCAGGUCAUGUAUUGUGUCGAUUGCCUAAAGGCGUUACUUUGGCAAUGUCUUUCAGUUUGCUUGCAGUGCUUAAAAUGGGUCGCGAAUCUGUUUUGUACAUUUAUGAUGUAAAAUAAAGAUUACUGUGUUUUCUCUGCAAUUUUCUGUAUUGCACUCGUCGCUUGAUGUUUUAUGUCUGCGCCAAAUGGGAACUGUGUACAGUGUCGGUGUUGUUGUAUUUUAUAGAGUCAAAUAAAUAUUCACUUGAAAGUUUA